AUGGAAUAUUCUGAAGAUGUAAUGGAAGACAAAUUUGCUAUCAGCAACUUGAAGACAAUCCAUGUAGGAGAUUCUGUCGUUGUGCAGGGGAAGGUGGCACCAGGAGCCAAGAGAUUUGCCAUCAACCUGGGCCAAGAUGCUUCGAACUACUUGAUUCAUUUUAACCCUCGCUUUGACGAGAACAACGUGAUUGUGUAUAACUUCAAGAAAGAUGGAAAAUGGGGUCCAGAGCAGCGGGAUGAUCAGUUUUCCUUCAUGUGGGGCGAAGAAACCACGGUUGCUUUCGCCUUAAACAGCGGUGAGGUGACAGUGAAUUAUCCAGGCGGCCAUUUUGAGUUCAAGAGCCAGCUAAACCUGGACUGUGUCGAGUACAUCUCCGUGAAAGGUGACUUCGAGGUCCAAUCUAUCAACAUUAAAUGA